AUGCCCCACAAACCCCUCCGCCAACUCGCCGCCGAAAAGGCCCGCAGCAACAAGCCCGCCAACCCGUCCCAGCUCGGCGACCCCAUCGACCUCAAGGCCGAGACCAACGACGGACAGGAUCCUGUCGAGAGCCCGUACGACGGCAAUGGCAUCGGAAGCAACCUCAGCAUCCCUCGUGCGUCGCUGGAGGGGGACCCGAACCAAGAGGGGGAGGAGAGGGGUGUGGUGGUUGGGCUGGGGAGCGGGGCGGGGCCGUUUACGUGCUAG